GGCUCACAUUGCCUUCUAUCCAACCUACUCCACAAUCCUUGGAUACUGAAAUUGGCAGAAGUGAGCAAGGUAGUUUAAAUGGAGGAUGUUCUUCUUCAAAUGGAAAAAAUUCUCCUUCAAGAAAUGAAUUAAGAAAGAGAUUGAUUAGCAUGGCUCCAGUGCAGACAGCACCAAAUCCUGAAGCUUUGAAAUUUGAACACAAUACAAAAUCACAAGAAAGAAGGAAAAAGCGACAGCAGCCUAUAAAGUUGGAACCUUUGCCUGUGCUCAAAAAAUAUCAGUACCAAAACCAACCUGAAUACAUAUACCAGAAGAACAGGGAGAAAUUAAUUGCUUCUGGAGUGUUACAACCUUUAACUUCAGCAGAGAAAAGAAAAUGGCCUGUUGCUGAGGAGCCAGUCGUAGCUGAACUCUAUGAAGAGUUAAGGGAAAGACAGUUACUGAGUGCUAAGGUGCGACUUCCUACUCCUCCUAAACAGCCCCGUAGUGCAGUGAAGCUCAGUGCUUGCAAACCAAGCCCCACUCCGCCUAUUCGUACAUUUCAUGAAACAGAAGAAGUACUUAAAGCUAAUAUUACAGAACCUCUGCAAAUUAUAAGAACAAUAUGUGAAAACAAAAACCUUGGAUUUCUGUACAUGACUCCUUCUGUGCCUAGAUCAUCAACUGAAUAUGAACCAUAUAAUCUGAAAAUUGUAAGUUAUGAUGCCAUUAGCAAAAAUGACUACUACACUAUUAGCCCACAAGCAGUUAUUCAUACAUGUAAUGGAGAGGUUGAAUACCUGGAACUUGAACGUUGGGAGCAGGAAUAUCUCUAUCACAGAGCCCUUUCAAAAAUUAAUAUAUUUACCAUAUUUCGCAAGUGGAAGUCAUUCAAUGUAUGGAGAAAGAACGUCCGCUCCAAGAAGAUUAACCUAUGCCGCCGAGCUUUGCAGAAGAACUUAUUCAUUGUUAAUGCUUGUUUGAGACCAGCAGUACUUAACAUCCAAGAAAUGUGUUAUCAGCUCUGUGAUGUGGCACUUUGUCAAGUUGAAAAAGGCUACAUAUACACACUGAAAGAAUUCAAAGAAAUGCAGUUGAACCAGCUGAAAGAAGUGACAGCCCAUCUUUCAGAAUUCAGGGAAUUAGCUAAAGAAGUGGUGAGAAGUGCAUGUAGAACAGCGCUGAUUGAGUCUGGAUUCACUCCUGAUGAUUACUUUUAUGGAACAGAGAGUACAGAACAGAUACCAAGAAUUAUUUCUGCAAGUGCCAUUAUUCCUCGGGGUGACAAAGAUCUUUCUGGAGAACCAGCUGAGAAAAUGACAUACACAGAACAGGCCAACAAAAGAGCUCAGUGCGGAAGGCUAACAUGCUUUAUUCGUCUCGCUGACUACUUGAUACUCAAUACUAUGCAUGUUUUGGCAAUAAAAUCUGUCACUACUCUUUUGAAUUACCUCUCUGAAAAGUUGAGAAAGACACCACCUCCAGAAAUCAUUCAGAAGUGGAAUUCAGAAGAAGUACCAGAAGUUGUGGAAAAAAAGGGAACAGCGGUGGCUGCAGGACCAGAGGAAGACGAGUCCUCCCUUCCAAUGUUUCUUGCAGAGCUAAUUUUAGAGAUCCAUGCACUACUGUAUGAACCAUCUUCGGAUGAAUUCCAGGACGUCAUGGCGGAGAUUGUUGGUCAGUUUCAGGCAACUGUGUUAUCUGUUGCAAACCUUGUUCCUGAUAGAUACUUUGAUGCUUUCACUCGUCCCGUUAUUAACAAUAAGAUAGAAGAAAAAACAUGUGGUGAUGGGCCAAGCUUAUCAAGUGUGUUUAAAGAUGAUAAACAUCUCGAAAAUAUUAUCUUGCAAAUAAAGGAAACAAUAUCUUCAACUUUUGAAGCAGCCAAUUUAUAUGCAAGUACAUUUGAAAAUUUUCGAUUAUUUUUCAAAGAAAAUGAAAGCCUUGACUUGGAAGCCUUGAAGAAAGAAGAACCCGAUAUUCAGUUCUUUGCUGAUCGACUGGAGAAGUAUCACAAACAACACAAAGAAGCUAUAGCAAUAAGGCAGAAGAGAAACCUGGGCUUGUUACUCGUAGAUGCUAAAAAGUUGAAAGACAAACUAAUUCCAUCGCCAAAGCGCUGUUUGGAGGUUAUCAAUGCAAUGCUUCCUGUAAUUGCCAAGAAAAAAGUGACUGCCAUUCUAGUUGAGGCAAAUGAUGCCAAAUUUAAACUUGAGUUUCUUCCAUCUACAACUACAGAGUAUGUGUUUAGUUUGACAUUCCUUGAUGAAAUACAAGACAGGAUUGAAACUCUUGAAGAUGAAUCAAAAACAGUAACACAGAUGUAUCGACUUAUUGAACUCUAUGCAGUACCAGCUCCUCCUGAAGAUAUUGCCUUGUUUUCAAGUCUUAAACCUGGUAUCACUGCUGUUCGCAAUGCAAUUGACAAAGCUGUGGGUGAGAGAGAUGCCAGCAUCGCUAGAUUCUGCCAACUUUUAGAUUACGAUGUUCAUGAACUAAAUGAAGAAGUUAAACUAGUUAAACGUGAAGCACAGGAUCCUCAGAUUUUGGAUAUAAAUGCUGACCAAGACAGAGUGAGACAAAUUCUAGAAGAGAUGCAAACCAUUCUUGAUGAUCUACAGAAACGUGCAUUCCAGUAUAAAUCAUAUCAGAAGAACUUCAAGGUGGAAAUUACAAAAUUUGAUGCUCUGGAGGAAGUUUGUGCGGAGCUGAAACUGAAGCAACUCCUGUGGGAUUCACUUUGUGAAUGGGCGGUACUUGAAGAAGAUUGGAUGGAGAGUAAAUUUGAUAGCUUGGAUCCUGAGCUGUUGAAUACUCAAGUUUCCAAGUAUGCUAAGUUUGUAAAUCAGUUGGAAAAAGGUUUGCCACCUAAUAAUGUUGUGCCACAACUCAAGGAGAAGGUGGAGAGAAUGAAAGAAAAGCUUCCUGUCAUCACAGACCUGAGAAAUCCCUUUUUGAAGCCCAGACACUGGGCAAUUCUAGAACAAAUAGUUGGGGCACCAUUAAUAGAUAUGGAAAAUCCAUUAACCCUGGAGAGACUUGCUGAAAUCAAUGCUUUUGACUACACUCAAGAGAUCCAAGAUGUUUCUGGACAAGCUUCAGGAGAAGCUUCCCUGGAGACAAUUCUGAAAAAGGUGGAAGAUGCUUGGAAAGCAACAGAAUUCAUUGUUCUUCCUCAUCGUGAUUCAAAAGAUGUUUUUAUCCUUGGUGGCACAGAUGACAUUCAGGUCAUUCUAGAUGACAGUAUGAUUAAUAUAGCAACAAUUGCCUCUUCACGAUAUGUAGGCCCUCUCAAGGCACGAGUUGAUGAAUGGCAAAAGCAGCUGUCUUUAUUCAGUCAGACAUUAGAAGAAUGGCUGACAUGUCAGAGAAAUUGGCUAUAUCUGGAAAGUAUUUUCAGUGCUCCCGAUAUUCAACGACAGCUGCCAGCAGAAGCCAAGAUGUUCUUGCAAGUGGACAAGUCUUGGAAGGAAGUUAUGAGAAAAGUGAAUCGUCUUCCCAACGCCCUACGAGCAGCAACUCAGCCUGGACUUUUGGAGACCUUUCAGAAUAACAAUGCUCUUCUAGAUCAGAUUCAGAAAUGCCUUGAGGCGUACUUGGAAUCAAAGAGAGUAAUCUUCCCAAGAUUUUACUUUUUAUCAAAUGACGAGCUUUUGGAGAUUUUGGCUCAGACUCGUAAUCCUCAAGCUGUUCAACCUCAUUUAAGGAAGUGCUUUGAUUCAAUCUCCAAAUUAGAAUUUGCUUAUAUGGCUCCAGCUGAGGGAGAAGAAAAGGUUCUUACGAAUGAUAUAUUAGCAAUGUUGUCACCUGAAGGUGAGAGGGUUGGCUUAGGAAAGGGACUUAAAGCCAGAGGAAAUGUCGAAGACUGGCUGGGUAAAGUUGAAGAAGCAAUGUUUAAUUCCCUCAGACGUCUCAGCAAAGCUGCCAUUGCUGAUUAUCAGAUAAAAGAAAGAGUAGAGUGGGUUGUUGCUGGACAUCCCUCUCAGGUUGUGCUGACCAUUUCUCAGCUGAUGUGGUGCCGUGAUUUGACUCAGUGUUUAGAAGGCGAGGAUCAUGAUCAUUUAGAGGCUUUAGAAGAAUUUGAAAAUGAGAACUUUGAGAGAUUAAAUGCACUGGCUUCACUCGUUCGUGGCAACCUUCCCAAACUCCACAGAAAUAUCAUAACAGCACUCAUCACAAUCGAUGUACAUGCAAGGGACAUUGUUACUGAACUUGUAGCACAAAGGGUGGAUUCUGUUGAUAAUUUUGACUGGCAAAGACAACUGCGCUACUAUUGGGACCUUGAUCUGGAUAACUGUGUGGCUAGAAUGGCCUUAUCCCAAUAUACAUAUGCUUAUGAAUAUCUGGGCGCAUGCCCAAGAUUAGUAAUAACUCCGCUCACGGAUCGAUGUUACCUCUGCCUUAUGGGAGCAUUGCAGCUUGAUCUAGGGGGAGCCCCAGCUGGGCCUGCUGGCACUGGAAAAACAGAGACUACUAAAGAUCUUGCAAAAGCACUCGCCAUCCAAUGUGUUGUGUUUAACUGUUCAGAUGGCUUGGAUUACAAGAUGAUGGGGCGUUUCUUUAGUGGCUUAGCACAAUCUGGAGCAUGGUGCUGCUUUGAUGAAUUUAACCGAAUUGAUAUUGAAGUUCUGUCUGUUAUUGCACAACAGUUGAUUACUAUUAGGAAUGCUAAAGCUGCAAAGCUGUCACGAUUUAUGUUUGAGGGGCGUGAAAUAAAAUUGAUAAUGACUUGUGCAGCCUUCAUUACAAUGAAUCCUGGUUAUGCUGGACGAACGGAGUUGCCUGACAAUCUAAAAGCACUCUUCAGACCAUUUGCAAUGAUGGUUCCCAAUUAUGCUUUGAUCGCUGAGGUUAUUUUAUAUUCAGAAGGCUUUGAAUCAAGUAAAACACUUGCAAGAAAGAUGACUCAGAUGUACAAACUCUGUAGUGAACAGCUUUCUCAACAGGACCAUUAUGAUUUUGGAAUGAGAGCUGUCAAAUCUGUCUUAGUAAUGGCUGGGUCAUUAAAGAGAGAGAAUCCAGAUUUAAAUGAGGAUGUUGUAUUAAUAAGAGCACUACGAGAUUCCAACCUCCCAAAAUUUCUUACAGAUGAUGCCAUUUUAUUCAGUGGGAUCAUAUCUGACCUUUUUCCUGGAGUCAUAAUCCCAGAGCAUGAUUAUGGAGUGCUACAAUCAACAAUAAUAGAUGUCAUGCUUUCCAAAGGAUUACAGCCUGAAGAUGCCAUGGUUCACAAAGUCAUACAACUAUAUGAAACCAUGUUGGUAAGGCAUGGUGUCAUGCUUGUUGGACCAACAGGAGGUGGAAAAACUACAGUUUACCAAAUUCUGGCUGAUACUCUAGGAGCUCUGUAUGAAGCGGGUGAGAACAAACCUUUCUAUCAGCCCGUGAAAACAUAUGUUCUGAAUCCUAAAUCAAUUACAAUGGGUGAACUAUAUGGUGAAGUUAACAAUUUAACCUUGGAAUGGAAAGAUGGAUUAAUGGCUCUUAGCGUUCGAGCUGCUGUAGUUGACACAUCUGAAGAUCAUAAAUGGAUCAUCAGUGAUGGACCUGUGGAUGCUUUAUGGAUUGAAAACCUAAACACUGUUUUGGAUGAUAACAAGAUGCUGUGUUUGGCUAACAGUGAAAGAAUCAAACUCACCCCUUCAAUUCACAUGAUGUUUGAGGUGGAAGACUUAAGGGUUGCUUCACCUGCCACAGUAAGCCGUUGUGGAAUGGUAUACAUUGACCCUGAAGAACUAAAGUGGAUCCCUUAUGUAAAAACAUGGAUGGCAGGCCUUGAAGGAAAAAUGAAUGAAGAAACAAGAACAUAUUUAUUUGAACUUUUUUGUCGUUAUGUUGAAGAUGGCCUAAAAUAUGUCCGCAAAAAGUGUUCACAAGCUAUUACACAAGUGGAUAUCAGUAAAGUUACUGCUCUCUGUUCUUUAUUAGAGUCACUGCUUCUUGGCAAAGGAGGACCAAAUAUGAAAAUGGAACAGUCAAGGCUAAAUUCUCUCGUGUGCCAAACUUUUGUUUUUUCUUAUUUGUGGUCAGUGGGUGGAAACUUAACUGAGAACUAUUGGGAUGGAUUUGAUACAUUUAUAAGACAGCAGUUUGAGGACAAUCCAGAUGCCAAGCUGCCAACGUCUGGUGAUUUAUGGAGUGUUUAUAUUGAUUUUGAUACAAAACGUCUGGAUCCUUGGGAACGAAUUAUACCUGCAUUUAAAUACAGUAACACGGUUCCAUUUUUUGAAAUGCUUGUUCCUACCACUGAUACAGUGCGUUAUGGCUUUCUAAUGGAAAAACUGCUGGCCGUAAAACGUUCUGUGUUGUUCACAGGAAUAACUGGGGUGGGCAAGUCUGUAGUUGCAAGAGCACUGUUAAAUCGAAUACAAGAAGAAGCUGGCUAUGUUCCUGUUUACCUAAAUUUCUCUGCUCAGACGUCCUCAGCAAGAACUCAGGAGAUUAUUGAGUCUAAAUUAGAAAAGAAAAGGAAAAAUAUUCUAGGCGCACCAGGGAAAAAAAGAGUUAUCAUUUUUGUGGAUGAUCUAAACAUGCCAAAACUGGAUCGCUAUGGCUCUCAGCCCCCUAUUGAGCUACUCAGACAAUACCAGGACUUUGGAGGGUUCUAUGAUAGAGAGAAACUGUUUUGGAAAGAAAUACAUGAUGUAACUAUUUCUUCAGCCUGUGCACCUCCAGGUGGUGGACGUAAUCCAGUUACACCACGUUUCAUAAGACAUUUUGCCAUGCUGUGUCUUCCAACACCCUCUGAGCAUAGCCUUAAACAAAUUUUUCAGGCUAUUUUAAAAGGCUUUUUGGCUGAAUUUUCUCAAGCAGUAAAGCAGAGUGCAAAAAGUAUAGUCGAUGCAGCUGUUGAAAUAUAUCAGAGAAUGAGCAUUGAUCUUCUCCCAACACCAGCAAAAUCCCAUUAUGUGUUUAACUUACGCGAUCUGUCAAAGUGUGUGCAAGGCAUACUGCAAUGUGAUCCUGUGUCAGUUCGAGACCAGAUGCAAAUAUUCAGACUUUUUUGUCAUGAAUGCCAAAGAGUUUUUCAUGACCGCCUUAUCUGUAAUGAAGACAAACAAUACUUUUAUUCUAUGUUAGCUGACAUGGCCAGCAAGCAUUUUGGCGUUUCAGUUGACCCGGACUCAUUUGUGCAGAAGCCAAUCAUAUUUGGUGACUACAUAAAAAUUGGAGUUGAUAAAGCUGAUCGACUUUACGAAGAGUUAACUGACAUGGAAAAGAUUACAGGGGUUUUACAGGAUUACCUGGAUGAUUACAAUAUAGUCAGCGCUAAGGAGGUAAAACUGGUAUUCUUCCAAGAUGCCAUAGAGCAUGUUUCAAGAAUUGCUCGAAUGAUACGUCAGGAGAGAGGAAAUGCCCUGCUUGUUGGAGUUGGAGGCACAGGCAAGCAGUCUUUGACAAGACUUGCCUCUCAUAUAUGUGGCUAUAAAUGCUUUCAGAUAGAACUAAGCCGUGGUUAUAAUUAUGACACUUUUCACGAAGACCUUAGGAAGCUGUAUAAAAUGGCAGGAGUAGAAGACAAAGAUAUGGUGUUCCUUUUUACCGAUACACAGAUUGUUGUUGAGGAAUUUCUAGAAGAUAUAAACAAUAUUCUGAAUUCUGGAGAAGUACCAAAUUUGUUUGAAAAGGAUGAAUUGGAAUUUGUUAUGGCAGCUACCCGACCAAAAGCAAAAGAAGCAGGUAUAGCAGAAGGCAACAGGGAUGAGGUUUUUCAGUACUUCAUUAAUCGAGUGCGACAGAAGCUACACAUUGUUCUGUGCAUGAGCCCAGUAGGAGAUGCUUUCAGAGCACGUUGCAGAAUGUUUCCAUCACUUGUGAAUUGCUGUACUAUUGACUGGUUUGUGCAGUGGCCUAGAGAAGCUCUUCAUUCUGUAUCAAAGACUUUUUUUCUGCAUGUUGACCUUGGAAGUGAGAGCAUGAAAGAGAAACUCUCCAUGAUGUGUGUAGACAUCCACAUGAGUGUGACAGAUAUGGCAGAACAGUACUAUGCUGAACUACGGCGACGCUACUAUACAACACCCACUUCCUAUUUAGAGUUAAUCAAUCUUUACUUGACCAUGCUCAGUGAAAAAAGAAAGCAACUGGUUUCAGCUCGUGAUCGUGUAAAGAAUGGCUUAAGCAAAUUAUUAGAGACAAAUGUACUUGUUGAUAAAAUGAAACUGGACUUGUCAGCUUUGGAACCAGUCCUCAAGGAAAAAUCAGUGGAUGUUGAAGCUUUGAUGGAAAAAUUAGCAGUAGAUCAAGAAAAUGCGGAUCAGGUUCGGCGUGUUGUUCAGGAAGAUGAAGCUAUUGCAAAAGUAAAAGCAGAGGAAACUCAGGCAAUAGCUGACGAUGCUCAGCGUGAUUUGGAUGAGGCCCUUCCAGCUUUAGAGGCUGCCAACAAAGCUCUUGAUUCUUUGGAUAAGGCAGAUAUUUCUGAAAUCAGAGUUUUCACUAAACCACCUGAUCUGGUCAUGACAGUGAUGGAAGCUAUUUGUAUUCUUCUAAAUGCAAAGCCAGACUGGGCAACAGCAAAACAGCUUCUUGGAGACUCUGCUUUCCUCAAAAAGCUUUUAGAAUAUGAUAAAGAGAAUAUAAAGGGUCAAGUAUUGCUUAAGCUUCAGAAAUAUAUAAACAACCCUGAUUUUAUCCCAGAAAAAGUGGAGAAAGUGUCAAAGGCAUGCAAGUCUAUGUGCAUGUGGGUGAGAGCUAUGGAUUUAUACUCUCGCAUCGUCAAGGUGGUGGAGCCGAAGAGGCAGAAAUUAAAUGCUGCGCAGGCAGAGCUUGAUGCGACUUUGGCUACCCUCAAAGAUAAACAGAAAAAACUGAGACAGGUAGAAGAACAAAUACAAGAAUUACAAGACCAAUAUGAAAAAAGUGUGGAGGAAAAAGAAAACCUGGCAAGGACCAUGGCACUGACUCAAGCUCGUCUUACUCGAGCUGGAAAACUUACAGCUGCGUUAGGAGAUGAACAGGUCCGGUGGGAAGAGAGUAUUUUAAACUUUGAAGCAGAGAUUUCAAACAUCACUGGAAAUGUGUUCAUAGCUGCAGCUUGUGUAGCCUAUUAUGGGGCUUUUACAGCACAUUAUAGACAUCUGUUAAUAGAGCACUGGAUCAAACAGUGUCAGGAUCUAAAUAUUCCAAUUAGUUCUGAGUUCAGUCUUAUAAAUAUUUUGGGAGAUCCCUAUGAAAUUCGACAGUGGAACACCGAUGGAUUACCACGUGACUAUGUUUCCACAGAAAAUGGCAUUCUUGUAACACAGGGGCGACGCUGGCCACUCAUGAUUGAUCCCCAAGACCAGGCAAACCGCUGGAUAAGAAAUAAAGAAACAAAAAGUGGUUUAAAGAUAAUUAAGCUUACCGACUCUGGUUUCCUGCGUACCCUGGAGAAUGCUAUUCGUUUGGGCUUACCUGUUCUUCUAGAAGAGCUUAAAGAAACUCUUGACCCAGCUCUGGAACCCAUUCUUUUGAAGCAGACCUUUGUUUCUGGUGGAAGACUGCUCAUUCGCCUUGGAGAUUCUGACAUAGAUUAUGACAGAAACUUUAGGUUCUACAUGACGACAAAAAUGCCAAACCCACACUACUUACCGGAGGUGUGUAUUAAAGUAACAAUAAUCAAUUUCACUGUUACCAGAUCGGGCCUGGAAGAUCAACUGCUAAGUGAUGUUGUGCGACUAGAAAGGCCUGAACUUGAGGAACAAAGGACCCAACUCAUUGUGAGCAUCAAUUCUGACAAGAAUCAAUUGAAAGCCAUUGAAGACAAAAUUCUAAAAAUGCUUUUUACAUCAGAAGGGAAUAUUCUGGACAACGAGGAACUCAUCAAUACGCUUCAAGAAUCAAAGGUUACAUCUGGUGCCAUUAAAGUAAGACUUGUGGAAGCAGAAACUACAGAAGAAAAAAUAAAUGUGGCCCGUGAAAAAUAUCGUCCUGUGGCCACUCGAGGAUCAGUUAUGUAUUUUGUGGUUGCAAGCCUGUCAGAGAUUGAUCCAAUGUAUCAGUUUUCCUUAAAGUAUUUCAAACAGCUGUUUAACACAACUAUUGAAACAUCUGAAAAAAAUGAUGUUCUGGAGCUUCGGCUGGUAAUACUACUUAAUCAGACCCUUUAUUCAACUUAUACAAAUGUUUCCCGGGGUCUUUUUGAACAACAUAAACUUAUCUACAGCUUCAUGUUGUGUAUUGAGAUCAUGCGGCAGAAAGAAGAACUCACAGAUAUUGAGUGGAAUUUCUUCCUCCGUGGAGCUGCGGGUUUAGAUAAGGGGUGGCCUACCAAACCUGAUGUUCCAUGGCUUGAAGAAAAUGCCUGGUUUAUGUGCUGUGACUUAGAAGAAACACUCCCAUAUUUUGUGGGGAUUCUAGAUGACAUACUGGAGAAGCACAUUUCCAUUAAAUUAGGGCAACUUGAAAUUCGUGUUAAUCCAGAACAGUGGGAAGGUUAUAAGCCUGAAACGGAAGAAACUAAAAACAGAGAUGAAAGUGUACACGUUCCUUGGGACACCAAGCUGACCAUGUUUCAGAAACUGAUUGUGGUGAAGUGCUUUAUGGAAGAAAAGAUUGUUGCUGCACUCACUGAAUUUGUAAUUGAAAACCUUGGAAAACAAUUCAUUGAGAAUCCUCCAGUUGAUCUUGCAACUCUUUAUCAAGAUAUGUCUCCUUCCACACCAUUAGUGUUCAUCUUGAGUACAGGCUCUGACCCCAUGGGAGCUUUUCAAAGAUUUGCAAGAGAGAGUGGAUAUUCAGAACGAGUGCAAUCAAUUUCAUUAGGACAAGGUCAGGGACCUAUUGCAGAAAAAAUGAUUAAGGAUGCAAUGAAAACAGGAAAUUGGGUGUUUCUACAGAACUGUCAUCUAGCUGUUUCAUGGAUGUUACCUAUGGAAGAACUUCUAAAAACUUUUACAGAGCCAAAUGUCUCUAUUCAUGAAAGCUUUCGACUCUAUUUGAGCUCCAUGCCAUCUAAUACUUUCCCUGUCACUGUCCUUCAGAAUUCUGUCAAGGUAACCAAUGAACCUCCUAAAGGUCUAAGGGCAAACAUCAGACGGGCAUUCACUGAAAUGACAGCUUCCUUUUUUGAAGAAAAUAUCUUGGGGAAAACAUGGAGAAAAAUAAUUUUUGGCAUUUGCUUUUUUCAUGCAAUAAUCCAGGAGAGGAAAAAAUUCGGACCACUUGGUUGGAACAUAUGUUAUGAAUUUAAUGACAGUGACAGAGAAUGUGCCUUGCUGAACCUCAAUCUUUAUUGUCAAGAGGGGAAGGUACCCUGGGAUGCCCUUACUUAUAUAACAGGUGAAAUUACAUAUGGAGGGAGAGUUACAGAUGCUUGGGAUCAGAGAUGCCUUCGCAGCAUCCUAAGGAGGUUCUUUUCCCCUGAAACAUUAGAAGAUGACUACAAAUAUUCAGAAUCAGGUAUUUAUUUUGCCCCAGUGGCUGACAAUUUGCAAGAUUUUAAAGACUAUAUUGAAAACCUUCCUUUGAUCGAUGACCCAGAAAUAUUUGGAAUGCAUGAAAAUGCUAAUUUAGCUUUCCAGCGCAAAGAAACCAAUACCUUAAUCACUACAAUACUUGAUGUACAACCACGAUCCACAACCCAAGGAUCAGGAAAAAGUAAUGACGAGAUUGUUGAAGAGCUUGCUACUUCAAUCCUGGCAAAAAUUCCAGAAAAACUUGAUAUGGACACUGCUAUAGAGACACUUUUUGUGAAGGAUGACAAAGGGCGGGUGGACUCCCUGACUACAGUCCUCGGACAGGAAGUGGAUCGUUUUAACAGCCUUCUCAGUCUUUUAAGGACCUCUCUACAGACACUCAAUAAAGCAAUAGCAGGUUUUGUAGUGAUGUCAGAAGAAAUGGAGAGAGUGUACCAUAGUUUCCUCAACAACCAGGUUCCAGCAUUAUGGGCCAAUGCAGCAUAUCCAUCACUGAAACCUUUAGGGGGCUGGGUAAAAGACCUUGUGCUAAGGACGAACUUUGUAGAUUUCUGGCUUAAAAGAGGUCAGCCUAAAUCAUUCUGGAUCUCUGGUUUCUUUUUUCCACAAGGAUUUUUAACAGGAACUCUUCAAAAUCAUGCUAGAAAAUACAAUUUACCAAUCGAUGAGCUUAGUUUUAAUUAUAAUGUCAUUCCUGUCUACCGUGAUCAAAUGCAUGUCGCCGAGGCGUAUAAAGCAAGCCACUUUGGACAAGAAUUAUCAAUGGAUGCCGAGCUACCCUCUCCUGAGGAUGGUGUGCUGGUCCAUGGGAUGUUUAUGGAUGCUAGUCGGUGGGAUGAUGAAGAAAUGGUUAUAGAAGAUGCCUUGCCUAGACAAAUGAACCCCAUGCUACCCGUGAUACAUUUUGAGCCCCACCAGAAUUAUGAACCAGACCCAUCGUUGUAUCAUGCCCCACUCUAUAAAACUGGUGCCAGAGCAGGAACACUGUCUACCACAGGUCAUUCUACCAACUUUGUGGUUACCGUCUUACUGCCGUCAAAAAAGCCAAGUGAUUACUGGAUAUCCAAAGGGUCUGCCCUGCUUUGCCAACUGAAUGAAUAAUCAGGCAGAUCUCUGUCUGCUACCGAGAUGUCUACUAUACGAUUACUUUGUAUCCCAGGUGCCAAGUUGUAAGAUUACAUCAGUGUCAUAGCCAUGGUAUUGGUAUCCUUUAUAAUCAAACUGGCAGAACACCACUCCUGCCUUCCGACUGAUUUUUUUUUACUAUUUCCAUUGGACUGCACAAACAAGUUGGAUGUAGUGUUCAUUGCACAUUUUUCCUGUCACAUAUUUACUUACAACUUUUAUGUUCUCUCAAUUUUCUAUGCUUUUUUUAAAAAAAAAAUCUACACUUAAUUGAACUUACAUGGUUCAAACAUGCUUUGCAUGAAAAUUACAACUUAUUGCGCAUUCUGUGGUAUACACUUUUAUAUCUCUUAUUUUAUUU